GCCAAUGGUUAAGCCCUGCAGCCAGUCCCCUUUCCUCCAAAUCCCUCCUUCUUUUCUCUUUCUUUUCCCCCUUCUCUCUUUUUUUCCCAACAGAGGGCUGAGAAAUCCCAAAGCGAAAGGUUCCCACCACUUCGGCCUUUUCCAGAUCUGCGGAAAUUCUUCUUUGCAGCAGACUCGACAAGAUGGAAGUGUCGAGGCCUCCGAAGAGUGAUCUCACCACUUUAGGAGGCAACGGCCCAAUCUCUCACCACUCGAAGUUGGGCUGAGGUUUGGCUGCGAUGUGGGACAACUCAAGCACCACUGGUGCCCACUUGGGCUCCUGCUUCCGCUCAACGAAUGCCACGGAGGAGCCCCCGGCCCCCAUCGCCUCGCCGUGGUUCUCAGCCAUCUUCGGCGCCAUCGGCUUGGGCUCCAACCUCUUCGCCCUGUGUGUCUUGGUAUCCUCCUCCCGCAAAAGGCACAGCCGCUCCCGCUCCUCCUUCCUGGUCUUCCUCUGCGGCUUGGUGGUCACUGACUUCCUAGGCCUCCUGCUCACCUUCUCCAUCGUGGUGCCAUACCACUUCAUCCGCUUCGACUGGCGGCGACUUGAUCCUGGAUGCCACCUCUGCAGUUUCAUGGGCCUGGUGAUGGUCUUCUUCGGGCAGUGCCCGCUCCUCCUCGGGGCCACCAUGGCCGGCGAGCGCUUCGUGGGCAUCAACCGGCCCUUCUCCCGUUCCACCAGCAUGUCCAAGCACCGGGCCUGGUCCCUGGUGGGCAUUGUCUGGGCAGUGGGCUUCCUUUUGGGCCUCUUGCCCAUCUUCGGCCUUGGCGACUACAGCCUACAGUAUCCCAACUCUUGGUGCUUCCUGACACUGGUCCACGAUGCCAAGAAUGUGGCCUUCAACCUGAUUUUUGCCCUCCUGGGCCUCUUCUGCGUCGGCCUCUCCUUCCUCCUCAACACCGUCAGCGUGGUAACCCUCUGCCGUGUCUACCAUGAUUCCGAGGCCAUCCAGCGCCGCCGGGAUAGUGAGGUGGAGAUGAUGGCCCAACUGGUGGGCAUCAUGGUCAUUGCCAGUGCCUGCUGGCUCCCAUUGCUGAUCCUCAUUGUCCAGACGGCACUCCAGGGCCCAGCGCCCGGCGUGGCCCCACACCAGAUCCCUCGUGCCACAGAGGAACUGCUCCUGAUCUACCUGCGUGUGGCCACUUGGAACCAGAUCCUGGACCCAUGGGUCUACAUCCUCUUCCGGCGGGCCGUCCUGCGCCGCAUCUACCCCAGCUUCAAACCCAGGCCCUCCAUCGUCUCCUUGUACCCCGUGAUCAAUCCUUCCCUCCGCCGGAAAUUCACCCAGGAGUCUGUGCUCCAGUAAGAGAGAGAGAGAAGAAAGUGGCUGCAUUGAGAGCUAAUGGUUACACAUUGCUUUGCAAUGGCAGCCGCAACCGGGAGGAGAGAAUCAUUGCAUCAUUGCGCCACCACGUUGUCCAUCUCUAAAAUAGCAUGAGCGCUUUCAACCCUGUCGAGUCUCAGAAGAGUAGAGAAAUGAGUACCACACACUCUCAGUUAACAGCAACUCUCAAAGUAAAAUAAUGUUAAAUUAA